CGGCGUUACGUCGGCUGCAUGCUUUGGAGAUCUCGACAAUUGCUUUUCCCAAAUUGCGAUCGACUGUGUCUACCGUGUUAGUUGCACCAACUGCGAACCCUUUAGGAAUCCGGACUCGAGAGCCCCUCUUUAACAUUGGAUAUUUGCUGCUUUUCCCGUGAGAUGCUGAUGGAUAUAGCAGAAAUCUAGGCCGUUACAGACAUAAUGGUCGUGUCCAGCAACGCAAACCACAUAUUCUUUUCUUUUCUCAGCAUCGCGAUCGUGAAGUGAAUACCAAUGCUCAACGCUCCGGUAGAUGCUUCUUUGAAUACUUGAAGGAAUUGCUUUCUGCAUUUAGGGUUGUCAUGUCCCGAGUGACUUGCUCUCCAUCAACUUCCUGAAUAAUUCCAUUACAUAACACUUCCAAGACCCCCUACUUUUCAUCUUCUCUCCUACUAAUAACCGUUAUCCUCUCCAGCUCGUCUCAAUUCCUAGUCCCUGGUAGAGAAUCACUUCAAAUCAGAACCCCAACCUAUGGCGCACACAACCAUUUUCAGGGUUGUGCUAGUGAAUCUUCUACUGCAACUCCAGUUAGUUUUGGCGAAUGUGCCUGCUGUUAUUGUGUUUGGGGACUCCUCGGUAGAUACGGGGAACAACAACCAAAUUGCUACUGUCGUCAAAAGUAAUUUUGAGCCCUAUGGUCGCGAUUACUACGGUGGCAAGCCCACGGGACGGUUUUCUAAUGGCCGAGUGUUCACGGACUUCAUUUCUGAGGCUUUUGGGAUCAAAUUGGCGAUGCCGGCCUACUUGGAUCCAGCACAUAAUAUGACAGAUAUGGCCACUGGCGUUUGCUUUGCCUCAGCCGGAACCGGUUACGACAAUGCCACUUCCAAUGUUCUGUCUGUGGUUCCUCUGUGGAAACAACUGGAGUACUACAAGAAGUACCGGGAAGAGCUCAUGGACUAUCUUGGACAAGAAAAGGCCGAAACAGUCCUAAGAGAAGCGCUGUACAUCAUAGGUUUAGGGACCAACGACUUCCUAGAGAAUUACUAUGCAGUUCCAGGCAGAUCAUCGGAGUUCUCUAUCGAAGAGUACCGAAACUUCCUAGCAGGAAUUGCAGGAGGCUUCGUUGAGGCGCUCUAUGGGUUAGGAGCUCGGAAGAUAUCGCUGGGUGGGCUUCCGCCUAUGGGGUGCUUGCCCCUGGAGAGAACCAGGAACCUUUUCUUUGGAGGUGGUUGUAUCGAGGAGUAUAACAAUGUGGCUAAGGAGUUCAAUGUGAAGAUACAGGGCUUGGUCUCGAAGCUGAACGACCAACUUUCAGGAAUCCAACUAGUGUUCUCUGAUCCGUAUGAUAUUCUCUCACAGAUCAUUCAGAAUCCCGAAUUGUUUGGAUUCACGAAUGCAAAAGAAUCCUGUUGUGGAACCGGCUACUUCGAGAUGGGCUAUCUGUGCGACAAAAAUAACCCCUUCACGUGUCGGGAUGCGAAUAAGUACGUGUUUUGGGAUUCGUUUCAUCCGACGGAAAGAACGAGUGGUCUUGUAGCCGAUCACGCCGUCAAAACUGAUCUAGCUGGAUUUCUAGUUCCGUGAUAUGAUCUUGCUUUUUCCAGUUUCAUACGAAGGUCGAACUUUGUAAUUUAUGCAAAUUUGAAGAAGUCGAUGGUCUUUCCAACGCAAAGACUUACCGAGAUUUGUGUAUGAAGUACAUCCGAAUUAGAUCAAG